UAUUAAAGCGACAGUAGCACUCGAAGUAGACGUAGAGGACGCAGAAGGAGAGGAAAUCGUGCAUUUCGAGUGCCAACAGUGCCGGGCAUUAGCAUUAUGGCCAGCAAUCAAACGGCGAGGCCCGGUCACAUUUUGAGCAAUUGGCACGCUUUGCUGACACCGCCAUCGCUGCUGCUGGCGGUGCUCAUCAUGGUGUCGCAAUUGCUAUUCCUGUUGCCUGCAACGACGAUGGCGGCACCCACCCCGUCGGCCAUAUCCACAUCCAAGCGCUGUGCACACAAAGGCAUCGGCGAACUGAUACGCACCAGUCCAGUGAUUGUGAAAGCGCUCGGCGCGCGAAUUUUCAGCGACGUUGAGCUGAAUGAGAAUGCACCGGAACAUGCGGAAGAGGGUCGCGACUCACCCGCCAUUUUAAUAACAUUAACGCCCGAGACAAUAUACAAAGGUGCCUCGCUCCUAAAAAUGGCCAACGGUGCGCCAGACAGAGACGCCAUUGGACCCGCUGCCUUGGGCAGUGUCACUCGCCAUGGCAACGUGGCCGGCGGCGGGGGCAGCGGCAGCGCUUGGAGUGCCGAGUCAGCAUAUCAGUAUGAGGGGCAAUUAAAUGCCACACUACAGCCACUGGCGUGCUUCGAUGCCAAUCUGCUGAAACUGCUGCCCACGGAAUUAAUUGCUUUCGGCAAAUUGCUGCCUGCGACUGCCACUGCCCCAGCUGCAAGGCUGUUGCAGCAUCCACAACAAAUGCCCUCCGACAUGGCCGAGAAGGAUGUGCUGCAUAUCAGCAUAAAUGGCUUGCAUCGCUGGACGCAGCAAUUCGAGAACCACAUCUGGAAGCACUUGGGCUGGGACGAUUGGAGUGAUUUUACGCUGUGUAGUGUGACGUGCGGCAAAGGUGUUCAGCAACGUUUUCGACGCUGCCUGCUGGACAAUCCGCUGGUGGACAUUAACAUGAACAUGAAGCUAAGUGACAGCGAAGACGACGAUGAUGAGGACGAGGACGAUGAAGAGUUGACUUCCGAGGAGGCGAAUGGCCAGCAGUUGACCGACGAGGCGAAUAAUGAUGUCAGCGAUGGCGUCACUGCUGCCUCGGUUGCCUCAACUGCCGCUCCUGCAGUCUAUGAGCGUGAGUACAAUGCUGAUAAUAAUGAAGUGGACAACAACGACAACAACCUGCUGAUGAAGCAAAAAGCUGGCAGCAGCAGCAGCAGGACAACGCAGUUCGAGGACGAGGACACAGUCUCCCAGCCACAGCCGCUGCCGCCGCUGACUUUGAUAAAAGAGCAAACGGACGAAAUGUUGCAUAAAUUCAACCAAAUGACAGCGCCGACUGCGACGACUACAACUUCACAGCCGAAGCGGACAUAUGUGCUGAGUGGAAGUAAGAGUGCGAGCGCGAGUGGGAAUGGGAAUGGAGGUGCGGGUACGGGCCCGGAUCCGAAAACAAGCGACAGUAAUGAACAGGAGCCAAGUGUCAGCUUUGUGUCCUCAUCAUCGUCCGCAUAUUCCUCGACGAGUGCACAUAAUGAUAGUUCCCACCCAUGGCCACGUCCGCCUCUGCCUCCGCCUCCACGUCCACUUCCACGUGCAAAUCGCCAGCAUAAAAAACGCAAAUCAGCAAAGAGUCUGUCAACGCUGCUCUGCGAGGGCUACAACAUCGAGCAGCGGAACUGCAACAGUUUCGAGUGCAGUGAUGAUAUCAGUGAUUUACUGAAAUUCUAUAAGAAGUUGCCCGUCUUCGAAGAGCUGCCACCGCUGGCCACCGCCGACUAUAACUCCCCACUGGCAGUGUCCAUCCCGCCAGCUGACAGUAGUGGCUCCGGGGCCGAAGCUUUGUCCUUUGAAAGUUUGGGUGUGACGCCGCUCCAGCCCUCGUCCACACCCUCAAACAUGGGCUACAUACGCAACUGGCGAAAUGCUUUGAACUUUACAUUAAUGAUCACGCUGAGAGCAAAGAACGAUACAAAAAAUACGGCAACUAUUUUCUCGAUCCGCAAUGCCACGCACAAUCUAUAUCUGGAGGCGUGCAAAGAUGGGCUUCGUUUGUAUUUGGAGCGUGACAAUACGACGGAAAUGUUGCCGGUAAAAUUCAAUUUAUAUGAUUAUCGAUGGCAUCAAGUGGCUAUCAGCAUACAAAAUGGCGAUUUCAUAUCGAUUUACGUCGACUGUUCAUGGACAAAUAGUUUUGUCGUUUCGCGGCGCCUCUACACGUUGCCCCUGGACGCGGAUGUGGAAAUUGGACGUGGCUUUAAUGGCGAGCUUCAACAACUGUUGGUCCUGCCGGAGCAUCAGGAGAGACUGCAGUGCUCCAACAAACGCACAUCCAUCAAUGAGGUUAAGCGCUAUAUCAUCGACACGUUCAUCGACGACUAUGGUGGCAAUUGAGGCGGCAAUUGAUUUCGUCAUCAUUUGCACGCACGAGCGGGCAAAAGUAAAUCAAAUUAAAAACCAUUGCAUGCAAACAGCAUAAAGCAUACAAACAUACGAAUGUAUGUACGUCGAGGCGUGUGUACUAUAUUGAUAGAGUAAA